UGGACAAAAGGGUGCGACACUUGCAGUUGGUCGCAAUUAGGCUCCUCAAUACCAAACUGCAAUUCACUGCGAAGGAUUUUUUCAAUUUGGACUGGACGUUCUGUCACAUGAUGAUUGCGGCCCUGACCACGUACUUGGUCAUAUUGAUCCAGUUCAAUUUUUAAUCACUUGAGCCAACACAAUAAAGUAAUAAGUACGAAAAUGUCGCUUUAUUCGUCCAUCAAUAGUUUGGUUCUAAUUUCCAAAAUUUUCGCACUACUACCGGUCAAGAAACACCACCGUUUGGAAAAACUCGUCCCUUGUGUUUACUUGACCAGUUUUAGCGUUGUUUUAUCGCUGGGUUCGUUCAUCGUUUCCGUUUAUUUGACGACAAAGAUUGACAAUGAUGGAGAAUCGAUUUCUCUGGCCAGUGGUUGGUUGGACUUGUAUUUGGGGAUCACCAUACAAACCCUCGGAAUUAUCUCCAAUUGCAUAAACGCGAAACAAAUUACGAUUUUCUUUGACAAAAUCCAACGAAUCGAUAAGCAAUUCGGUCUCCUGGGCUAUUCAAUUAAUUACAGGAGAAUUUCAAUUUUCGUCAAUUUGGCCAUUCUUGGCGUUUUCGGCGAAUUUGUGCUAGUUUUUGUCCCAGAUUAUGUUUUUUUCGUAGAAAAUGAACCGAUUCUCUACUUGAUAUUCUCCUAUUGUCCCAUCGUGACCACAGGGAUUAUUAAAAUCCAGUUUGCGACGUGUGCGCACCUGAUUUUGCAACGAGUAAAUCAUGUGAAGAAAAUUUUGGAAAAAGAAACACAAACUGUGGCUUUUCCCAAAGAUAAUCAUUUUUUGGCUCUUCUGGACAUUGUCCAUGGCGUUCACAACGAACUGUGCAAUUUGUGCCAAGUUGCAAAUUCGAUAUACGGUUUCCAGAAUUUUUUAUUCGUCUUGUCCACAUUUUCCAUCUGUAUUACGCAGUUUUAUUAUUGUUAUGACAGUGGAUUCAAUAGUGACAAUCUCACUGAUGUUUAUUUCACUCUUCAAUGGGCCUUUUUGCAAAUUUUGGAAAUAUUGGCACUUGCGUAUCUUUGCGACAAAGUGCAACUUAAAAUCGGUGAAAUAAAGUACAGUGUUAAUAAAUUAAUCUUCAGAUCGAAUGAUCCAAAAGUUACUUUGGAGCUCUGUGGCAUGAUUUCGACUUAUUUGAUAAUCAUGAUUCAGCUGGAUCUUGCCAGAACGGUUCCAAAGUUUGAAAAUAAGAACAAAGAAACAGAACAGUGA